AUGCUGGCGGUGGUUUUUGUUGUUGCGGUUCCUCUGGGUGCCUGGGGGCUGCUUGGUGGUGUUGCUGCGGUUACUCCACUGGUGCUGCUGGUGAGGCCACGGCUGUAUCGUCGUCACGCCUUACUCAUCGGUCUGCUGGCCAUCAGCUGUGUUGCACUUCUGAGCGGCGGUGUUGGCGGCAUUCUGGCGAUUCUUGCCUCGGUUGCAGUGUUGUGUGUCGGCAUUGGGCUGGCUCCUGGUGUAUCUGAGCGACGCAGUCUGGUAGACGGUGCACCGGUGAAGCAUGUAGAAAACAAAGAGGCCUGUCUUGGCCUGCUUGCCGCUGAAGUAGGUCGUGCCAGACGCCAUGAGCGACCGUUGCGUGUAGUUGCAUUGGGUUACCAGGACAGCACCGAACGUACCACUAACGAACACCAGCUGUCUUUGCUCAAACAAGCAGUACAGCAGGAGGUGCACGUAUACUGCCCCGUCUACCAGUUUGAAACCCAUGUCGUUGUGGUCGUGCCAGAGCUAAAAGAUGGUGACAUGGAAGCCUUGGUUAAUCGACUGCACGCAACGAUUAAUAUGCAGGCGCUGCCGCCGGUUAACGCUGGCGUUGCAGCCUUUCCGGGUGACGCUGUCACCAGUGUUGGACUGUUAGACAAAGCGUUUCAAAGCCGAGAUGCCUUCGUCAUGAGUAACUCCGCGGCGGCUGUGAGCGGCCGUGGGCAUACCGUAGCGUACGUGAUGUCACGGUUUCCUAAGUUGACCGAGACCUUUGUGCUGGAUGAAAUUGUGCAGCUCACGCGCAACGGUUGGGAAGUAAAAAUAUUUCCUCUUUGGCGUGAGCCUGCAAAACUGGUUCAUGACGAUGCGCUUGUCUGGGUGCAGGCGGCUCAAUUUUUACCCAUGCUGUCGCUAAAAAUAUUGACCGACAAUGUUUACUGGAUGCUCAAUCGACCAGGGCGCUAUUUUUCUGCGCUGUGGGACGUGGUGUCGCGUAACAUUUCGAGCCCGCGUUUCUUGGCUGGUGCACUCGCUGCGUUUCCCAAAGCCAGUACUAUGGCGCGUCGUAUGCAGGCGCAGGGCGUACGUCACGUCCAUGCCCAUUUCGCCAGUCAUCCUGCUGCAAUUGUUUAUGUUGUAAACAAGCUCACUGAUAUUCCCUGGAGUUUUACAGCGCACGGUUCCGAUUUGCAUCGCGAACAGGCGAUGCUGGCGGAAAAAGUGUCCAGCGCGAAGUUUGCCGUUGCCAUAUCGCAAUACAACAAGCGGGUUAUUCUUGAACACUGCGCAACUGUCGAUGCUGAAAAGGUAAAGGUGGUGCACUGUGGUGUGGAUCUUUCCAACUUCAAUCUGGUGCAGGCUGAAAAGACCGGUACCUGCCAUGCCCAUGGCUCAUUGCGCAUUGAUGAGGCGGACGGUGUUAUCAAUAUCGUCUGCAUUGGCACCUUGCAUGAAGUUAAAGGUCAGGCCUUUCUCAUCAGAGCGUGUGCACAGCUCGAACAGACCAACUGGCAGUGCCAUCUGAUUGGCGAUGGUGAAGAUCGGGCGGCACUGGAAUCUCUUGCGGCGACGUUAGGGGUAACAGAUCGCAUGGUUUUUCAUGGUCAGUGCACUAGAGAAAAAGUCCGUGAACUGUUGAAACGAAUGACCAUAGCCUGCGCGCCAAGUGUGCCUACGCAAGAUGGCCGGCGGGAAGGUAUCCCGGUUGCGUUGAUGGAGUCUGCGGCUGCUCAGCUGCCGCUGGUGGCCAGCGAUUUGUCAGGCAUCCCGGAACUGGUUGUGCACGAACAAACCGGAUUGCUUACGGCUGUCGCCGAUGUUGACUGUCUUGCCGCUGCGCUUUCCCGUCUCGCCCAGGAUGUCGGCUUGCGCAAUCGACUCAGUGAAGCGUGCCGCAAAAAAAUCGAGCAGGAGUUUUCGCUCACCAGCAAUGUGAUAUUGCGCGAGCACAUCACACCGUCGGUAGACCUUGUUAUCUGUGCGCAUAAUGAAGCGGAUGCUAUUGAAGCGAAAAUACAGAACGCUCUGGCCCUGAACUAUCCUCAGGAUGCGUUAACCAUCUGGGUGGCCUCUGAUGGAUCAACUGACGCUACCGUGGCGCGGGCCAGCGCAUUCAUUUCUUCCCGGGUACACGUGUUGGAUUUACCGCGUGGUGGUAAAGCCGCAGCGCUGAAUCAUAUAGUCGGUCUGGGUGAGGCCGAAGUUGUUGCUUUUUCAGACGCCAACAGCAUGUGGCAGGAUGAUGCGUUACUGGCGCUGGUAUCCCCGCUGGCUGAUCCGGAUGUCGGCGGAACCGCGGGAGAUCAACGCUAUGAAAAGGCAUUCGCGCAGAACAGCGGUGAGCGCGGCUACUGGAGUUUCGAUCGUGUGUUGAAAUCCUGGCAGAGCCGGGCAGGCAAUGUCAUAUCCGCUACGGGUGCAAUCUAUUGCGUGCGGCGUGCGCUGUUUGAACCGGCACCUGCGGAUGCAACGGAUGACUUCAUGGUUUCCACCGCAGUAAUAGCUGCGGGCAAGCGCCUGGUGUUUGCAGAGGAUGCGGUUGCGGUUGAGCCCGCAGCCGCAGCUUCGGGUAUCGAGUUUCAACGUAAGGUGCGUGUCAUUUCGCGUGGUUUGCGCAGCGUUUGGUAUCGCCGGGCGUUGAUGAAUCCCGCUACCCAUGGUCUGUAUGCCUUGGAGCUGCUUGUGCAUAAGCUCUGGUUCCCGUUGUUUCUGGUGCUGGCGAUGGUGCUUCUGGUGUUGCACGCGUUGAGCGCUCUGGGUGGUAUUCGCCCCCAUGAGUCGCUUGCGAUAGUAAUUGACUGGGCGUUAGAAGGUGUUCUGCUGGCCGCAUUGAUUGUCAAUGUGCUGCGCAGUAAAAAUGAUGUGAUUGCGGCGGUGAAAGCAUUAGUGCUGGCUGGGUUUGUCAUGGGUGCGGUUGUGAUCACCCAACAAUUGACGGGUGCAACUGACAAUAACUUCAUGGGGUUCGGUCAGCUUGAUUCGGCCAUGGUCAGUGAUUCAGGUCAACUGCAAACGCGUCUGGCGGGUCCGAUUGGCGAGACUAACCGGUUUGCGCAGAUCAUGGCGGUGUUGAUUCCGUUAGCCGCAGCGCUCGCGUUUAUCAGCACCGGUGCAAUGCGCUGGUUCUACUGGCUGGCAACCCUGGUAAUCAGUGGGGGUAUGGCUCUGGCGUUUUCCCGGGGUGCAAUUGUGGCUCUGGCAUUGGCGGCUCCGUUUGCUCUGGCUUUCAGGUUUAUUCAGCUUCGGCACUUGCUGCUUGGUGCCUUCGGUGCACUUGUAUUGCUCGCUCUGCUGCCCCAUUACGCUGAACGAGUGGUCAGCAUCGGGCAGGUUGCCGUGCAAUCGCUGGGUUUGUCUCCUGGCGGGUUGCGUAACGCAGAUGGUGCGGCGCGCGGCAGGAUGACCGAGAUGAUGGCAGCGGGGCUGGUGUUUGUUGAUCAUCCUAUCCUGGGUGCUGGCCCCGGCAUGGCACAGGUCCACUAUCCAAAAUAUGCCGCCAAGGUUGGCGGUAAAGUGCGGCCGGGCACACGGCGUUCGCACAAUCUUUUUCUGCAGCUUGCCGCCGCUCAGACCGCAGACAUGACCGAAAACGCUGGUACGGGCCAGCAGGAUACCCAGCGUCAGCUCCGUGGCUCCGGGCUGUUGCUGCUUGGGCGGCUUGGCUCAAAAGUUAUUAAUUUUGGGGUCCAGGUUGCCAUUGUCCGCAUCCUUACUAAGGAUGAUUUUGGCGCUUUUGCCUACGGGCUUGCGAUUGUGGCUGCGGGUGAGCUGCUGGUUAAAAUCGGCCUCGGUCAGGGCGCAAACCGGUUUAUUCCUUAUCAUUUUGAGAGGCGCGAAUAUCCGGAGAUGCUGGGUAUUCUGGCCGCGGUCACGGCCAUGAUUGUGGGGUUGGGUUUGGUCGGCUGGUUGGCUUUGUUAUGGCUUUCGCACGGUCAGGUCAGUGGCUUCCCAUCCGCAAGCGGUGCGUUGGUGGUGCUGAUCAUUGCGUUUCUGGCGCCGUUGCAGGCGUUUGAUUCCAUCAUGGUCCAGACGCUGGCCUGUUUUUCCAAAGCCAGACAGAUUGUGAUCCGCAAACACGUCAUCGGACCGGGGUUGCGCGUUGCGGCAGUUGCGUGUGCUUUUUUUGCCGGUGGUAGUCCGGCCGUGCUCGCGGCAGCGUACCUUUUUGGUGGUGUUGUGGGCGUGGUGCUGUGUACCACGCUGGUGUUCAGACAGUUGUAUGUGCAUAACAUUUUGCCCCUGACGCCGUCUCUGUGGCGCGUACCCUGGGCGCCGUUGUUGCGGUAUUCGAUUCCGCUGAUCAGUAACGAUGUGGUGUUCAUUACCCUGACCGGCGUGACCACUGUGCUGUUGAUGUCGACCGGUGGCGAAGCUGCUGUGGCGGCUAUCCGUUCCGUCGCUCCUGCUGCGGCGUUAAACAUGCUGGUGGCGCAGAGUUUUGUCAUUCUGUUUCUACCCAGUGCUACCCGGUUGUUCGCGCGCGAAGACAAGGCAGGUCUUAGCCACCACCACUGGGAAUCUGUUGCCUGGGUGGCGGUGUUGAGUUUCCCUCUGUUUGUCAUGACGUUUGCGAUUGCACCGGCACUGGUGCCUUUGUUGUUUGGUAGUGCAUAUGCUGAUUCUGCAGUGAUACUUGCAAUCCUGGCGCUGGGGAGUUUUGCGUCGGUUCUAAUGGCGUUUAACGGUGAGAUCCUGCAGGUGGUUCACAAAACCAAGCCGUUGGUCUGGUCUAAUCUUCUGGUCAUCAUCACAUCUGUGCUGUUAGCGCUGUGGCUAUGUCCGCCGCUAGGUGCGCUGGGUGCCGCGAUUGCGGUGACCGUUGCGCGGAUACUGGGCGUUGCUGCCAGACAGUUGUUUCUGGUGCGAUCAGACGUCAUUGGGCCGGUACCACGCACAUUGAAAAUGAUCUGGUUGCGCCUGACGAUUCUGUCGAUGAUUACCGGUCUGAUCGGCAUCUGGAUCUCCGCAGCGGAAGUGAUGCAACUUGAUACUCAGGGCGAAGCCUGGCAGUCCGUGGUUGACUGGGCCAACAGACCGCUGCGCAGGCCGUCGCUGGCAGAUCAGAACAAUCCAGGUAACGUUCAAACCAUGGCCUCGGCGUUGUAUGCGGUACGCACCGGGGAUGCAGAAAUGCGGCGCCGUGUUGAGCAGACGCUGACAGAUAUUCAAGGUACUGAAAAGAACGCCACUGCGCUGGCCCUGUCCCGCGAGCUUGCGGCUUACGUCAUAGCGGCCGACCUUAUUCAGCUCCGAGGUGAGUCCCGGCGCCGCUUUGAUCAGUGGUUAGAACAUAUGCGCCAUGCGCAGUUCAAAGGCCGUUCAAUAAGCAGCACCCAUGAAGACCGGCCGAAUAACUGGGGCACCCAUGCAGGAGCGACACGCAUCGCGCUGGCAAUCUAUCUGCAGGAUAAAGAAGAGCUGCAGCAGGCGGCUCAUGUGUUUAAAGGCUGGCUUGGUGAGCCUGAUGGCUGGCGCGGGUUUGAAUUUGGUGAGACCUGGUGGCAACCCUGGGGUUUUCGUAAUUAUGGCAUCAAUCCUGCGGGUGCAAGGUUGUGGGGACACUCUAUCGAUGGUGUGUUGCCGGACGAUCAACGUCGCGGCGGGCGGUUUCACUGGCCUCCACCGAAAGAAAACUAUGUUUACGAGGCACUUCAGGGUGCUGUUGCGCAAGCCGUCAUGCUGGAACGCCAAGGUUUUGAGCCAUGGGCUUGGGGUGAUCAGGCUUUGUACCGCGCGUUUAAAUGGUUACACGAACAGGCUGAGUUCCCAGCGGUGGGAGAUGACAUCUGGAUGCCUCAUGUGAUUAACCAGGUUUAUGGCGAUACGCUGCCCGCUGAAGAAACUGAGAGUGGCAUAAAGAUGGGCGUGACUGAUACACAGGCAGAACUGGUUGCACUUCCUGCGCAGACGCAAGCUGUACCCUGGCCGGUUGGCAGGUGGCCGCAAGGUGCACUUGAAUCGGUGAAUCAGCCUGAUACGCAGAAAUACCUCGACCAGGCAUUUGCUUUACGUCCAGGCGAAGGGGUCACCUACGGCCUGGUUCUGAUCCAACGCGGCAAGCUGGUAUAUGAACGGUAUGGACAUGGCGCUAACGAUGGCUACCUGCAGUACUCCUGGUCGAUGGCAAAAAGUUUUGUGCAUGCCCUGGUUGGGUUGUUGGUCCUGGACGGGAAGAUUGACAUCUUGCAACCUAUCCCUGUACCUGAAUGGCAGAAUCAGGACGACCCCCGGCGGCUUAUAACGUGGCACGAUAUGUUGCGCAUGCGCGAUGGGUUGGAUUUUGUCGAAGACUACGUCGAUGACGGCGUAUCUGAUGUGAUUAACAUGCUGUUUGCUCAGGGUCGCAGCGAUGUAGGGGCUUAUGCGGCGGGCCGCGCCGCAAAAUAUUUGCCUGGAGAGCGAUUCAACUAUUCCAGCGGUACAACAAAUAUCAUCUGUCGAGAGCUGGCCAGGAUUGUAGGCGAUGGGCCAACCGGGAUGCUGCGGUUUAUGGAGCAACGGCUUUUUACUCCGCUGGGCAUGCGCUCACCAACGCCGAAGUUUGACGCUGCGGGUACGUUUAUAGGGAGCUCCUAUCUCCUGGCGACACCACAGGAUUUUGCUAAGUUCGGUCUGCUGUAUCUGCGCGGCGGCGUCUGGGAUGGGCAGCAGAUUCUCCCGUCGGAGUGGAUCGACUACGCCCGCACUUCUACGUACACAGACCCUGAGCAGGGUUACGGCGCGCAUUGGUGGUUGUAUCCGGAACGCCCGGGUUGGUUUUAUGCCUCUGGCUACGAUGGCCAGCGUAUUCUUCUGGUGCCGGAAAAGGAUCUUUUGGUAGUGCGGUGUGGACGCACCGAUGCGGAACAUGCGCCUGCAAUCUGGGCAAAUAUAGACCGACUUGUGGAUUCAUUAGCUUAG